GCUGAGUGGUAUGUCAUUGUUCUGAGGAGUGGUAGACUCGUAAAUUCGUAAACGAGAUUUUUGUUGUUUCGACUUCGAUUAGCAAUUUUGUUGUAAUUCAGUUUUAAUGUUUAUAUACAUGUUUUAAAUAAAGUGAAACCCUGGUUACUUGUUCGUAUAAAUCGCGUUUUUGUUAUAUUACAAAAUUACUAGGAUAUUUCGCAUCAAGGCUACGGUACAAUAUUAGACAUGUGUUUACGACUACGGCUUCCAGCAUUUAUUUUGUGCCUUUUCAAUAAGUAUGGCCUAUUAUAAUGUCGGCGGUGUUGUAAAUUCAAAUACUGUGUCGGAUGUAACUGACGAGACGAAUGUUGAUGAUUUAACAAUAGUUCCCUUGGAAAAGGAUAGUUUUGCAAUAUGUGAGUUGUGUGGACGUGUUGGCCGACGCAGACAGUUUUAUCCGAGGAACAAUAAGUUUUGUUCACUUAGAUGUCACGCAAGUAAUACAAGACGGCGCCACUGCAAUUGGAGGUUUAAGCUAAUGGAGGGUGCAGAGCACAUGGCUGGCAUGAUACCGUUGGAGCCACUACCUCAGCUCCAGCAAUGGCAAGCUACAUUGAGUGACUUACAGGCUGGACCAAUAAAGCAGUCAGCUGCAUUAGUCGCCAACAGUUAUGAGUGGAAAGAUGAAUUGUUUGGUUGUGAUUUCCUUGCGGCACCAGUAAGCCUUUUCAAACAUGCACCCCUGCACGAGAUGUGGGACAACACAUUUGAGGGCAUGAAAGUGGAGGUCAAGAAUACAGACUGCGAGAACAGUACAGACAAACUGAGUGAUUACUUUUGGGUGGCGACUGUGCUGAAAGUUAAAGGUUAUAUGGGUCUGCUGCGCUACGAAGGUUUUGGCAGUGACGAUUCCAAGGAUUUUUGGGUGAACUUAUGCUGUUCAGAAGUACAUCCAGUGGGCUGGUGCGCGACACGCGGCAAGCCUCUGAUACCGCCGAGGAGCAUUGAAGAUAAAUACACAGAUUGGAAGAAGUUCUUGGUGAAACAGUUAACCGGUGCACGCACACUUCCAGCCAAUUUCUACAGUAAACUUAAUGAUAGUCUAGUGUCGCGUUUUUCCAUCGGUUCACUCAUGGAAGUUGUCGAUAAAAACAGAAUCUCACAAGUCAAGGUGGCCACAGUUUGUGAAAUAGUUGGAAAAAGAUUGCACGUUAAAUAUUAUGACAGUUCCCCGGAGGACAAUGGUUUCUGGUGUCACGAGGACUCGCCCCUCAUUCAUCCAGUCGGCUGGGCGUUUCGGAUUGGUCACCCGCUGGACGCGCCGCAGAGUUACUGUCAGAGGGUCGCCACUGGUCGCCUACUACCAAAUGAUACCACAUCUGAUAUGUUCUAUAAGUAUCCGUCGAACGAGCCGCCAUUAUUCGCAGAGGGGAUGAAGUUGGAAGCAAUCGAUCCGUUGAACUUGUCCGCCGUGUGCGCGGCGACUGUGAUGCAGAUACUGAACGAGGGAUACAUGAUGAUCAGGAUAGACUGCUACCCGGCGGACGCGAAUGGGGCCGAUUGGUUUUGCUACCAUCAGCGGUCGCCGUGCAUAUUCCCCGUGGGUUUCGCGUUGGCGAAUAACAUUCCAUUGGUGCCGCCUGCUGGGUUCGCGCAAGAUGAGUUCAGAUGGGAGGAGUACCUGGUGCUGAGCGGCGGCGUGGCGGCGGACCGGUCGCUGUUCGGCGCGCGCGGGCACGUGGUGUCGCACGGGUUCGUGGCGGGCAUGCGGCUCGAGUGCGCCGACCUCAUGGACCCGCGGCUCGUCUGCGUCGCCACCAUCGCCAGGGUCGUCGCUGACUUGUUGAAGGUGCACUUCGACGGGUGGGGCGCGGAGUACGACCAGUGGCUGUGGGCGCACAGCACCGACGUGUACCCGGUGGGCUGGUGCCGCGCCGUCGCGCACCGCCUCGAGGGGCCGCUGCAGCCCCCGCCGCGGGCCGCGCGCCGCCCCGCGCCCCGCCACCUGCGUCGCAAGCGGCGACAAGGUUCAAAAAUGGUGCCACAUCCCCCAAAUACAACGGAGGAGAGCUCUCAGAACUCGGACAUGGGUGACACUAAGAGUCUAUCGCCACCGACGAGUGUGUCGGAAGUGUCAGCGGACACAGACACCACGCAAACGAGACCCGAUCUAGAAAUAACAGAGUGCAAAAUGGAAAUAGAAUUGGAAAAUAAAGGAGAUGAUUCGAAUAGUAAAAAUAUUGAUUAUGGAAUCAAGAAUAACGACGAGCAACCAGACGAGCAAGUCGCAGAGGAAAGUAAUGAUUAUAUGGCUGUCCCCGAAGAACCAUCGCAGGAAGGGACUGAAAUACCCGAACCCGUUGAAGAAACGGACAAAAUAAUACCUAGACUAGUCAACACCACAGUGCCCUUAGAUAUAUUAAACACUAUCGACCCAGAAAACUGGACGACUGCUGACGUGGCAAAGUUUCUCACAGUCAACGAUUGCCAACCGUACUGUGUUAACUUCGCCAACAUAACAGGACCUAUGAUGCUGCAGCUAACAAAGGACGAAAUCAUAGAACUAUUAGAAAUGAAAGUAGGACCCUCAUUAAAAAUAUUCGAUUUAAUACAACAGUUGAAAUGCAAAAUAAAACAACCUCAGUGUAGAUUGCUAAGUAGUUUUAAGUAGUUUACAAAACUAUCAAACUUAUUAUGUUUCUUAUAUGAAUUGUGGCCUUUAAAUUUAAGAUUUUAAAUUAUGAAUUUUCUAUAGUGUGAUGAAGUUUUUCCAUUUAUAAAUUAAGUGCGUUUGCAAGUCACAUUUAAUUCCCGCCUAUAUUUUAUACUUGCGUUGAGCAGCUCACUUAUCUUUACAAUGUAUGAUGGAAAGUGAUUUUGUUUUAAGAAGUUUGUCCCAGUGGACACAAAUUUUGUUGUAUUAUCACUAAAAUAAGAUCGGGAUGAAUAUAACUUAAUGAGUGAAAUGAAAUGAAGUUUAUUAUUACAUUGUGCAUUACGAUUGCAUGAAAAUAUAUUGAAAAAAUAAAAUCUUUUAAACAUUAUUUAUAAGAAUGUAACUUUGGAACACAGAUUAAAGUUUGCUUUAUCUGUGUUAUAAUAAAAAUCAAAUAUUUAUUUCAUUUUAUCCCUUAAGUUCAAUUUAUAUAUCAUCAGACAUAACAUAAUAAAAUAACGACCAACUGAAUCUUUAUUAUUUUAUUAAACCUUUGUGAAUUUAAAACCCCAUUAGCAUGUUUUCAAGGAAAUUGUUUCGUAAAAGCAUGUCUGUUAUACAUUUCCAUUUUAUGUUGAAUUUUCUGAUAACCAUGGCAUUGGGAAGUGUUAUUAUUUAGUGUUGCCAUAAAUGUCACAAAUUCUAGCUAUUUUUAAUUUGUAUUAGUUAAUUAUUAAUUUGGUAUACUUUUGCCAGUUAUUUUUUUAUGAUGACGAUAAAGCUCGUAUAUUGCGAAUUUAUUUAUGUACAAAGUUUUGUCCGCAGCUAUUUGAAAUCGUGCUGCCACGUAUAGGGCGAAGGUACCUAUAUUUGACAGUAAAGUAUCACCCCUUAUCAUGUUUAUUAAUUAUUACGUCACAAUCAUAAUGUGUAGUCGUUUUAUGUAUUAAUAUCAAAAAGGUAGGCAAUAAAUUUAAUAGUUUAAUCAAAACAUGAUUAAUGAUUUAUUUUUUUAGAUAUUGUCGUCUUGAACUUAAAAGAUACGUAACUGGUGCAUUCACCCUAACAUUUCAUUAAUCAAGCUUGUAUUGCAAUUUGCAUCUUUUACGUACGCAGCUUUAUAAUUGUCGAUAAACUUUCUUGCCUAGCAGGAUGGACGCAUAGUUGAUGUGAAAUAGUAUAUAAAGCUAGCUUCAUGUAUCGAAAUGCCUUACGGCGGUAUUAAAAAAGUAAUUUGUAAGCAUGUUCAAACAAACAUUGUGAUUGGUCUAUUUUCGCGACGGGUCGAAAAACCAAUUGGCGUCGAUUUUUUAAUUUCGAUAUUUGAUCACCAAAUAUUUGUUUUGACUUUUAAGUUUGUUCUGUGGUGCAUUCAUUGGCUUUGUAGUUCACGUUUCUGUGGAUAUAAUUAACUUAGCACGGAAUCAGGAUGUGAAAUAUUUCUUUUCCCAUGUUGGAUUAAACUAUUCUUUGUAAGUAGAUACUAGUUUUGUGAUAUUUUGCAAUCCCGUGCACGGAUUAUGGAUGAAGCUCAUUUGAAAAUAUUAAUUUUAUUAUAAAAGUAAAUAUCAGAUUGAAGCCUUGAGAUUUCUUGGUAUUAAAUUAACGCAACAGAAAUGGUUAAAUUAUCAUUUAUGACAAACAAUGCGGUAUCUUAGAGUUGAGGAUUCCAUAUAAUUGUUUUUUUUCUAUUCGACUACGUACAAUACUGCAGCUGUGUAGGUCGGUCUGAAGUUAGUUACGACACUGUCUUCUACACGUUUCAGAACCCCGAUCCCACUCUUACCUAACUUCAGUGCAGCCAUCAUUUAGUAGUUGAACUGUAUCUCUGGUAUCCGACACAUUUUGCCGCAGUUAUAAAAUACCUACCACAAUUGAUUUCAUAUUGCAACCAUAAGUACUUUUAAAACGUCUUAUUUUACAUUUGAAGUUUGAAGACAUAAUUUUUUUAACCAUCGUCAUAAUAUGUUUAUGUUUGCUUGCGCGUUGUCUUGUUGAAUAAAUUUGUGGCAACAGUAUUAUAUUUUUUGUACAGGAAAUAAAUGAUAUACAUCUCGAAA